GGAAUGUUAACAAUGCAGUAAGUGUCGUCCAAUUUUGUACUGAAUUCUAAUUCUGCCUGGAGUUGGGAGAAAAUGGAGUCUCUUCAUGAUAUUUACUCGGGCCUACCGUUAAGAGAAAGUUCGAUAAAUUAUCGUAUGUGUUGUGCAACAAAUGAUUGGAUUUAAAGUUUCCCGAAAAGUGUAUUUGGUUGGAUUCUUUAUCGGAUUAAAUCUGAAUGAUACAUCUAUCUCAUGCUUUCGGCCAGAGAAAGACUGCUGGGACUGAAAUUCUCCCUUCAUUGGAAUGUCGGGCUGCUCCAGGCUGUGGAGUUGCGUUGCUUCCAGCGCUAAAUUGAGAAGGCCCCACGUUCUUUCACUCUCGAAAUGUUAAACUAAUCACGACCUCGACAAGAAAACCCACGAAGUGAUCAAUAUGGUACAGAAGGGAGCCAGAGUGGUUUGGGCCAAGGGCAUCCUUGUGACCCCUCACAUGACUUGGAAUAGGAAUGAGUGUGAUCCCUAAAACACACAACAUGGAACGCCAGUUGGAAUCCUAUCAGUAGGAGCCAGCAACACAGAGAUAAACAAAAACCUUGACCAAGAGAAAGAGAGGAGGAAACAUAAUCUCUCCUACUGGAGGGCCUUAUCUAUUUAGGUCACAGAGUUCCAGAGCAAGCUUACGAGUGUUGUCAGUUGUGGGUGUCUGUUUGGGUGUGAGUUCCCUAGGCUAGAUACUAAAACAGGGGAGUGUCAUGAGGCCCAAGACGUUCCCCGCUGCUCCGUAUGUGGGCAACACGCGCCAGCGCCUCCAGGAGAUCAAGGAGGGGCUGAAGCAGCCAGCCAAGCUGGUGAGCCAGGCCCUCCAUGGGGGCAGCUCCUGGGGUGAGGGGGGCCGCGGGACCGAAAGCAAGGGCAAAGACCCCGGGAGUCGCCAGCAGCAGCUCCGGCCCCCUCAGAAGUUCAACAACUACCAGAACGCUUUGAGAGAGAUCCGCAGGUCCCUCAUGCCCUUUGCCAAUGAGUCUGGCCCCUCUGGCUCCGCCCACCCUGCUGGAGACGUCAACCGACAGAUGCUGCAGGAGUUGGUCAAUGCUGGCUGUGACCAGGAAAUGGCGGUGCGGGCUCUGAAGCAGACGGGCAGCAGAAACAUUGAGGCUGCUCUGGAGUACAUCAGUAAGAUGGGAUACCUGGACCCCCGCAAUGAGCUCAUCGUCCAGGUCAUCAAACAGACCUCACCAGGCAAAGGGGGCAUUCCAAACUCAAUGGACCACAGACCACCAUUGGAGGGAACAAGUGAGGGCGCCAUGCCUCCCUACCACCAGAUGGGGGCGCCGAUGUAUGAGGGUGCUGGUUAUGGGCCAGAGGGCGCCUACAUGGGCACCCCUCCUGUCAUGAACUACAUGAUGCCCCCCUCGGUCGCGGUACAGGGCCCUGCCAUAGGUAACCCCAUGGGACGCCCUCUCAGCAUGGGAGCCUACACUCCAGCCAUGGCAGCCUACCCUCCAGCCAAUCCAGGGAACCCCAUGUAUACCCCAGGCACCACGCAGAAUGCCUAUCCAGGCAGUAUGGAGCAGGCCAUGAUGGGCUACAGCGUACCCAGCCAGCCCCUGCAGCUCCAGCCCCAGGCACCAGGAGGCCCUGUCCCAGGUCCCCACUACGACUAUGGCCACGUCCGGCCUCACAUGUUGGAGCCCUCAAGCUACGGCGUGCAGAGGAGUGCCUCCUUCCAGAACAAGAUGCCGCCGCUGGCACCCGACAACUACGUCAACAUGCAGGGGAAAGGGGUCAUGGGCCAGAAUGGGGGAGGGUACCCUCCUAACAUGUACAUACCGCCCCACCCCCAGCAGUCCAGCCCAACCUCACACCAGGUCCACAUGAUGUCCCGCUCACCCGGUGGAGCCGCCGCUGCCCUGGGUCCAGAUUUCUCUGACCUGCUCACACCCUCUAGAGCCAGCCUUAACCUGGACCUGUACGAGCAGCACCAGCACCACUGGGCCGGUCCCCAGGGGCCUGAGGGGGCCCCUCCAGCCAGGCAGCCCCAGCCUCAGGGGCCCUUCCGGGGAGAGGUGCGGGUCCCCAGUAGGACCAACUCCUUCAACAACCGGUCAGUGCCCCCAAACAACGUCCGACCCACCCUGGUCACCCCAGCUCCCGGCAAGCAGGACCCGUCCCUGGGACAACCCAACACCAUCACAGCAGUGACUUCGCCCCCCAUCCAGCAGCCAGUGAAGAGCAUCCGAGUAAUGAGGCCCGAGCCGAAGACUGCUGUGGGGCCAUGUCACCCUGGCUGGUUGGCUGCUCAGGAAGCAUCUGAGCCCCUCGCCUACAUGCCUGAAGAGGCCUACUCUCUGGAGCAUGCCCAGGAGACCCGCUGUCCACCACCUCCCUACCCCAAAACCCUGCACAUGUCUGGGGCUGCUUCAGAGGCAGGGCCCCUGGAGGGACCAGGAGGAGCUAUGUGUGGAGCCCCAGACCUCAACACUCCUUCUAGGCCACAUGGUGGUAGUGGAGGAGGAAAGGCAGAGGAGAGCCAGGUGAAAGAGAAGACCAAGUCUGGGAAAGGAGAGAAGGCAGUGAAAAACAAGAAGCAGAUCCAGACAUCGCCGGUGCCGGUGAGGAAGAAUGGACGUGAUCAGGAGAAGAGGGAGUCGCGCAUUAAAAGCUACUCGCCCUUCGCCUUCAAGUUCUACAUGGAGCAGCAUGUGGAGAAUGUGAUGAAGACCCACCAGCAGAAACUGAACCGCAGGCUGCAGCUAGAGCAGGAGAUGUCCAAGGCUGGCCUAUCAGAGGCGGAGCAGGAGCAGAUGAGGAAGAUGCUUAACCAGAAGGAGUCCAACUACAACCGGCUGCGCCGUGCCAAGAUGGACAAGGCCAUGUUUAUCAAGAUCAAGACGUUGGGCAUCGGGGCCUUCGGUGAGGUGUGCCUGACCCGCAAGGUGGACACGGGAGCCCUGUACGCCAUGAAGACGCUGCGCAAGAAGGACGUGCUCAACCGCAACCAGGUGGCCCACGUCAAGGCUGAGCGUGACAUCCUGGCGGAGGCAGACAACGAGUGGGUGGUGCGUCUGUACUACUCGUUCCAGGACCGGGACAGCCUCUACUUUGUCAUGGACUACAUCCCCGGUGGAGACAUGAUGAGCCUGCUGAUCCGCAUGGGCAUCUUCCCCGAGCCGCUGGCAUGCUUCUACGUGGCUGAGCUGACGCUGGCCAUCGAGAGUGUCCACAAGAUGGGCUUCAUCCACCGCGACAUCAAGCCGGACAACAUCCUCAUCGACCUGGACGGACACAUCAAGUUGACCGACUUUGGCCUCUGCACUGGCUUCCGCUGGACGCACAACUCCAAGUACUAUCAGAAAGGGAGCCAUAUCAGACAGGACAGCAUGGAGCCCAGUGACUUCUGGGACGACGUGUCCAACUGUCGUUGUGGCGACCGGCUGCAGACCUUAGAGCAGCGGGCGACACGGCAACACCAGCGCUGCCUGGCACACUCCCUGGUGGGCACGCCCAACUACAUCGCCCCUGAGGUGUUGUUGCGCAAAGGGUACACCCAGCUGUGUGACUGGUGGAGUGUGGGAGUGAUCUUGUUUGAGAUGCUGGUGGGACAGCCCCCCUUCCUGGCCCCGACACCCACCGAAACACAGAUUAAGGUGAUAAACUGGGAGAGCACGCUGCAGGUGCCCCCGCAGAUCAAGCUCAGCUCAGAGGCUGUCGACAUCAUCGGCCGUCUCUGCUGCUCCCCAGAGGAACGUCUUGGGAGCAACGGCGCCGGCGAGAUCAAAACUCAUCCCUUCUUCGACCAGAUGGACUUCUCCAGCAACCUGCGCACCCAGCCCGCCCCCUACCGGCCCAAGAUAGCCCACCCCAUGGACACUUCCAACUUCGACCCAGUGGAGGAUGAAGGGGGUCCCGGGGCGUGGAGUGAUAGCGGAGACAGCACCCGGGCCUGGGAGACCCUCUGCACCCCACACGGGAAACACCCGGAGCACGCCUUCUACGAGUUCACCUUCCGCAGGUUCUUUGAUGACAACGGCUGCCCCUUCCGCUAUCCCAAGCCCCCAGAGACCAGCCACAGCCAGGGCCCUCCCAGCCACAGCGGAGCCAGCAGCAUGGGCCCUGAGGAGGAAGAGGAUGAGGAGGAGGAAGAGCAGGGGGAGGGCUGUGAGCCUGUGUAUGUGUAGAAGAGCCCAGACUGUUGGCUUUCUAAACCAUGCCCCCCUCUCUCUUUCUCUCUCGCUGUCUCUCUCCAGCAAAUCAACACUCAGCACCUGGGACCCUGUCUGCCAACCUCCCAUCUACCACUGUGAAUGUAUGUUCAUGUGUGUGUGCGUGCCUCUGUAUAUGUGGUUUUGAGAGACUGAGAGCGAGUGAGAUAUUGAGAACAGGACGGCCUGACAUCUGUUCAACAAUUCAAGCACUACUGUGUGGAAUCUACAGCGUGAGCAGAGACUACAGUAAGAACCCCUGAUCUGGGACCAAGAAACAACUAACUGUACAAGGGCUAGGCAUGGGAUAAUGAUGCCAGAGGACUGUUAUGAAAAAAGACUCAUCAGAACAGGUAGUUCUUCUAAAAGGCUCCCACUGCACUGUAGAGGUUUACAAAAGUGUUCAGAUAAGAGUUUGACACUGGGACCGUGACCAUGCGUGUUUCUAGUGGUCAUAGUGCUCUAUCCCAUUCCUUCCGCCCUGGAUCUUACAGAGAUCACUUCUUCCAGGUUGACCUUACCCCAUGAAGUAAACACAAACACUUGCUGUUUCAUGGGUUGCUUGUCUCUUCCUUUCUGAGACUUAGGCACUAGAACCAGUGUGUGCUUUGGAGACUGAGCUGGACGUUAGGUUGGACUGGACUGAAUUAACUAGCGGGAAGAAUCAAAACGCAACACUUCUCACACAGCUGUGACAAAAUAAGCUACCAAAAUACACAUACACAUGCACACUUUGCAGGAUGGUUGAACUACACAAUCUAGGAGGGGGCAAUGAGGUUGUCCUCUGCAGCUAACCACCUGAAGUCCUCUAAAACCACAGGGUUAUCUUACACAUUUCUAUCAAUGUUGUUUGGAUGUCUGACAUGGCAGUCUAGAGAUACCCCAAGGUUAACUAGCUGUGUGUCUCCUACCUUCAACUUCACACACAUUCUUUUCUCCAAAUAGGUGAUGUGGGAUGCCGCCAUCUUGUGGUUAGAGAGCCACUAUGUUGUUCCCUUACCACCCCUAAAUGAUUCUGUUUUGAGUGUCAGACCCAGGGGAAUGGAUGUGAUGGGGAAAUACUCGUAGGAACAACAACAAAUUCCUUUGGUUGAAGUGCCAGCUCCCAGAUCCAUGAAUGAUAUUGUUAUUUGAGUCAAUCAAUUCCUUUCUCGGUAUUAUUAUGAUGACUAUGUUUUAUUGAGCUAGUUCUGAGGAAGGUGAACUACAAGUGUGAAUCAUUGCAUUGUUGUGGAUAUGGAUCUUGUGAUUACAUACAUGUUUGGUAAGCAGUCACACGCCUAUCCAUGUCUCAACACAACACAUACAGUACACCUGCUCUAAGACUGUCAUGUACUGUUUGGUAAGCAGUCACGCCUAUCCAUGUCUCAACACAACACAUACAGUACACCUGCUCUAAGACUGUCAUGUACUGUGACAUUACUGAUGCCGUGCUUUUUAGCCACAUUGACAUUUCAAAGUCCAACCUGCUAGUGCACCACUUCCACACGCGCAGUAUUAUAGAGUUAACACAUCCAAGUGUCCACACAGUCUCCUCGGUCCGUCUGGAGACAUGGCGGAAACAUGUGAUAGUAUGACUAUGUGCAAUACAUAAAAUACAAUAUAUCCUUUUGUAAACACUUACAAUUAUCCUUUUGAUUUUUUUAAUACUGAAACACGCUAUGUACAAAUAUAUAUUAUAUUGGUUUAUAUAUUUUCCGUAUAGUUACAUGACCCAAUGCUGCUUAUUAUUGUGAUUAAUAUUAUUAUUUGCAUUUUUAUCAUUAUUUCAUGUAUACGUACUUCUUCCCUUUUUGUAUAAAAAGAAAAGUGUGGGUUUGAUUGCCAGUGUGUUUGAGUUUGAAAGUGCUUUUUUCAAUGAAUGUUGGUGCAUGUCUAUCCACCACAAGAUGAUGUUGAUGAUCAGUGUUUGUGCAGAAUAACGACAGCAGCAUUCCUGCUCUCUGCAACUGGGCUGGCCCUGUGUGUAGGAGAGUAGGGAUGGAAGAGGGAGAGAGACAGACAGUGAUAGAGAAAGAUGUGUUUCAGAGACAAAAGGAAAGCUGGGCAGGAUUGGUUAUAAAGUGUCAAAUAUAUGAAUAAAUAGCCUCCUUUGUAUUACAAGCCCAAGUAUGGUAAAUGACAGACUAUUAUUGGUACAUUUUAAUGCAUCCUAAUGACCACAGGUUAAUUUGACCAUUAAUAUUAUGCUUGUGUUACAGAAUUGUUGUUAUGCAGUGGAGCACUGCUCAAAGCAGGAAAUGCUUUAUUUUCUCCAAUAUCUCCAUAUGCUUAUUGACAAUCAACCAUUGACACAGUCUUGUAUGUCCAACUGAAUAACAGUAUUCCAUAUGUGAUUGCAUACUGACGGAAGGGUCAAGAAGUUGCAAGUUCUGCCGUAAGUCAAUUCCCAAACAUUCUAAGUGCACCAAUAUGGAUCUCAAAGAUCAAAUUUGUGACAUAAUAUGAGGGAAAUAUUUUAAACAAUGACAAUUGUUUAAACGUGCCAUUAAUGUUUUUGCUCACUUGCAUGACAAAAUGAAUUGAAAUGGACAUGUUUUUCAUAAUAUGCCUCAUGUAUUCAGGAUUGGGCAUCAAAUUCACUUAAUUUGAUCAUCGUUGUCAGCGCAAGUGGGAUUGCCAAUCCACCAGGAUGGACUACUCAGUGAAAAAUAGCUUUAAAAAGAAACUGCUCACCGAGGCAAGUUUUCUCGUGUGUAUGAGUGUUUUGUAUUAGGUGUGCUGUGGAUGAUGUGUGGUUUCCCUGUAUCUGAGUUUUGAAAGUGAUUACUGACAAUCUUUGACUGAUUUGAGAUCUUAUGUAAUGACUCAUGAUGGGAUUUUUAAAUCUAUGUACCUUUUUGUAUUUUUACUCUCGGGAGUUUCUCAUGUCUUUGAUCCUCCUUAAUGUAUAGUACAAUUUUGUUACUCUUGAAUAUAUAUUUAUACAGAUAUACAUAUUUUUUGGUAUCUAUAUUCUUUUUAAUUUCCUCUGAGCUAAUGUUCGAACCUCUUUGUCUACAGUAUUAUAGACUAUAUCAUUUGGACAGUAUAUCACCUUUUUUUACAUAUGUAUGAAUUUGAAAAAAUGCUUUCACUGUCCCCACGUGUAAAAUAAUAUGUAUAAAUUUAAAUUAACCAG